UACAUAUGUAUAAGAUAAGUCGGACAAACUUUGGAUAAUACCUAAGCAAACCGCCGAAAGUUCCACAAAAUUAAAAAAAACCAAUGGGAACUUUGUCACUGAACGACUACGAGGAUGUGCGCAUCUGGGCUCCUUGGGGCCACAUUGCGGGUCGCUGGUACGGCAAUCGAUCGGAGCGUCCCAUCCUGGCCAUACACGGCUGGCUGGACAACCUGGGCACUUUUGAUACACUGAUACCUUUGCUGCCCGACUACCUAGGCGUGCUAUGCAUCGACCUGCCUGGCCAUGGAUGCUCCUCGCGGCUGCCACCGGGCAUGCAGUACAACACAGCUGAGUAUGCCCUCAUCAUCGCUCGAGUCAUGAAAGAGUACAAGUGGCCAAAGGUUUCGCUGAUGGGUCACUCCCUUGGCGGUGCUCUUUGCUUCAUUUAUGCCGCACUCGCACCACACACCGUCGAUCUGGUUAUCGCAUUGGACAAUAUUUUACCAUCCAUCGAAUCCUCUGAAUGGAUAAAGAGAUUAGCUAAUUGCGUGGACAGGUAUUUAGUGGUGAGUGAGCAUGGAGAAAAGGAGCCACCUUGCUACACGUUCUCCCACCUGCGCAAAGUUCUCAGCCAAGGCAGCAACGACUCCGUUCCGCCAGAGUUGGCUCAUCAUUUGCUCUAUCGCAGCGUGGCCAAGUCGCAGUUUCAUCCGGAUAAAUUCUACUUUACAAAGGAUGCUCGUACUAAGUUUUACAAUUAUUUAUCGGCCAACGCUCCAUUAAUCGCUGAAAUGUCUAGCCGCAUCAAAAAGAAGCCGUAUCUGAUCAUAAAAGCAUCAAAAUCCAAUUAUAUAAACUCGAAGGCAAACGAGGCUAUUUCCAUUUUAAGGAAACAGAACCCGCACUUCGAGUACCACGAGGUGCCAGGCACUCAUCAUGUGCAUCUGGUUAGCCCCGACCUGUGUGCUCAGUACAUCGUUCCCUUCUUGAGACACCAUCGCCCGCCCGCAGUGUCAAGCUGGUCACUGAAUGGCGAGGAGAAGAAGUUGAGCAUGAAAGAGCAUUGCAGGUCGCAGGAAAAUUCGUUUGCAGGCCAUUUGAAUCUUCUUAGCAAGCUUUAAUUGGAGAAGAAAA